AUCUAAAGCUUUACGCAAUAUUGUCAGGCUGGUAUGUUACAGAAAGUCCAUUUACAUUUAUGAAUGAAGAAAAUAAUGAUAUAAUAGCAAUGGUAUGCUAUAACAAAAAUUUUAUUGAUAUUUCACUUUACAACCAAUGGGAUGUCAAAAAAAUUAAGAGUAAAGGUCUAUCAAAAAAGUUAGAUGAAAAUCAUCCAUUCUUUCGUGAUCCAUAUAGAGCAUAUGCUGAUUAUUUAUAUUCAAGUGCUGCAAUAAUGAACAAGAAAAUAGAAUUUUAUAGUUCAAUUGCGUACACCAUUCUCAAAA